CAAUAAGUAGAAUCUUGACUUACAGAAUAUUCAAGCCAUAAAUUGUCCUUAUACCAGGAACUGUUGAAAGCCCUUUUCCUAGUACUAUGCUGAGUUCUGGGAAAUGUUUUCAAACACAGCUGUACAGGACCAUCUUCUUUGGAUCUUGAAAUGUCUGAAAUACACGUAAAAGAAUGUGUCAUAUCUCUAUGAAAAUGUAUAAUUAAGUUGCUAACUAAAAUGUGUCGUUUAAAGUAUUGGCCUGGCCUCCCAUUGUGUCCUUUUGGAACAGAAGUCUAAUAUCGCUCCCUUUCUUUUCAUGUUUAAUUGACCCUAUGCAAAAAUAAGACAGUCUAUGGUUACAUCUAAACAUCCAAUUACCCACAUUUUAGUCCAAUCUCAAUCUUAAUUACAAAUCCCUAUUAUCAUAACUGUACCUUAAAAUCAACUACCAGUCUAAGUUACUAGUUAGAUCAUGGCUAGCCCUACUCUACAGAAAGUAAUUUAGCUAGCUAUAAUUUCUGGAUGUGUAUGCAACAAAAGUUCAACAUUCACCUCCUGUUACCAUUUCUGUCAAGCCGUCUGUCUAUACAUAGUGUCUCUGCAAGGCAAACGCAGCGUUUCAUUGGAAAUUAAUAUAAUUCUCGUGUACCAAAAUGCAGAAAAACUGUUGGUGUGAUCGAAGCGUAAUGGUAGCUUUCCCCUGCUCAGAAGUUGCAUGUAUCCAUCCAAUGGUUGCGUGACAUGUCAUCAACGGUGUCAUCGACUGACAGAUUUCUAUAACAUAUGAUGUGUUUGCUGAUACGUGAAAUACCUAUCCAGGCUUUGUACGUUCUGGUAUGCAUCAACUGGGCAGAAGAACGCGCUGAACAUGCAUGCAAAUAGUUUGACUAAUCAGAUGCAAAGCCCAAUUAGGGCCUAAUCUAGCCCAGGUUUGCAGCCUGCAAGGUUGUUAAAAGCUACCUCAGUUUCGCCAAUUGUAGUAUAGCAGAGGCACAUUGCCCUCUAAUUUACAGGUUUCAAAUUAGUUGUUGGAAUAAAUUAUUUUUAUAAAAAAAAAAAAAAAAAAAAAAGUUAGUUGUUGGCAUGGGACUCAGAAUGGCAAACACACUCUGGCUAUUUCCAAAGCAGUUAGUUCUGUUUUUACUAGUGGAAAACUUAAUAUCUCCUACUUUUUCAGUUACUUACAGCACUGGCACAUGGCAACAACUUCCAAGCCGACUGCCACAGUUUGGGGAUCGUCUGCCUUUUAAACAGCUUCAACUUCCCCAACAAAUAGUUUCCAGACCAGUUCGAGUGGAAACGGUCGAUGUGAAGUGCCAUUCAGACUACAUGGAGAUCGUUGUGAAGGCUGAUCUGUUUAAACUCGGUAUUCUUAUUGACAUGGAUGACCUGCGACUUGGAGUUGAACAGGACCAAGAGACCUGCAGGGCUACAGCAUCAGCUGCCGGAGAUGAAUACAGAAUAUUUGCAGCGCUAUCAGACUGUGGAACCAACCGUUUGGAAGUACAGUUCAGACAGUGCCCCCCUCCAGCCGACCUGGAUCCCCUUCAGCGCCACAGUGUCUGACAACCUACAGUUCUCCUUGAAGCUUAUGACAAGUGACUGGCUAUAUGAGCGGGGUUCUGGAGUCUACUUCCUGGGUGAUCCCAUCAACAUUGAGGUGUCUGUCAGGGUAGCUCACCACUCCAGGCUCAGGGUCUUUGUUAGCAGCUGCGUGGCCACACUGGACCCAGACAAUAACUCUUUCCCCAGAUACAUCUUCAUUGAGCAUGAUGGGUGCUUGGUGGAUUCCCAGCUGCCUGGCUCCAAUUCUGGGUUCAUGCAUAGAACCCAGGAUGACAAGCUCCAGUUCCACAUUGAUGCCUUUAGGUUCUACCAGGAGAACAGGGCAGAGCUAUACAUCAUAUGCCACCUUAUGGCAAUCCCUGUCAUGGACCAUGCAGAGCCUAGCAACAAGGCAUGCUCCUUCAUUAAUGGCAGAUGGAGGUCUGCCGACUCAAAUUAUUUGGAAUGUGGCCGUUGUCCAAGCCUGAAUAGCCAGAAGGGGGUUGAUCACGAUUCAGCACGAUAUCCCCUCAGUCCAAGACAAGGCGGUAGCCAACCUCGUGGCUACCGCAUCAAACCUCAAGCCACUGGUGACCAUUGGAGGAGUGGGAUGAAGUCCAAGAAAGUAUGGAACCAGGAUGUUACUCUGGGCCCCAUAAUGGUUACAACCAAACAGAGGACACCUUUAUCUCCAACGAUGGAAGGUAUCGCUAUAUAUGGCUUCCCUUCUCCAACUGAGGACAGGAGGCCUGUAUCACCUGGCAGUCGUUGGAAGAGCGGAAUGGGAAUGCUGUGGUGGCCCCAUUUUGUCUCACUCCAAGUGGCACACUCACUCCUGAUGACCCUACAACCAAGUGACCUCGGCACCACAACUGCUCCUGGAGAGGUGAACAAUGCUGAAAAGGGGCACUCAAACAGUGAAGGGACUACCACUGUACCACAACACUAAGGAGACAUGCUCUCAUCAGAACUCCCAAAACAAUGAACAUGAGAGAUGACUGUUAACCUUGAAGAAUAAAUUAUUUCAAGAUACCUUGA